AAAUCGCUCAGUCAGUUGUUGUGCAUCGAAUAUAAAUAACGUUAACUCAUUUUAAAAGUUAUUUAAUUAACUAACAACAAAAAUGUGACUGUCUUCAAACAAAACGCUCAUUUACUCACGCGCACGCGUGUCAAUUAGUUUCGAAAAUUAAUUAUAACUGAUUCAAAAAUUAAUAAUUUCCCAAUAUUUGUUUUUGUUUUAAGAAUUGUGUGCCAUGUCAUAAGAAUAGUGCCGUGCCAUUCAGAUGUCGACUUCUUAAUGAAUAUAUUUUUUUUAUAGAAAUGUGAAUAAGCAAAAAGUGUUACAAGAAGUGUCUAACUGUCUAAUGACCUACAAGUUUUUCAGUAGGAAGAAAAGAGUUCCUUUUAAAUUUUUCAGUCAUUGUUGAACAUCGGUGCCGUGAAGUGUAUUAUGACUAUCAAAAUGGCAGUGUUGGAGAAUUUUGUGAACAAAUACUGGAGAAGAAUGCACGGAUACACUAUAAUAGAUGAUAUUGGAGGCCAAGCAUACACCAUGUCAUCAAUAAACGCAGAACUGAAGAGUCCAGGCGACCCCCCGGACAAGAAGCUGGCCGAUUCUGAUGCAGAGAAACAGCCACUAUCAGGGCCAACUAGAAUUCGGGGAGUGGUGGCGGGAAACUCAUCGGGUGAUCAUUCCCAUCGUUGCUUGAUUCAAGAAAAAGAAGAAGAUAAUAAUGAUUCAAAUGAAAACGACGAAGACGAUGAAGGUGCAGAGCGAGAAAGCGUUACUGACGGCCCCGUAACGGAAUUGAAGAAAGAGGAAAGAUGGUGGAACACCCUGAUGCAAGUGGCUGUGCCGUUCUUCAUAGCUGGCUGUGGAACCAUCGGAGCUGGUCUCGUCCUGGGGACCGUCAAGGACUGGGAUGUGUUCGUCAACGUGUCUGCCAUUUUUGUACUCGUUCCUUCACUAUCUGGGUUAAAAGGUAAUCUGGACAUGUGCUUGGCGUCGCGGCUGUCGACACAAGCGAACCUGGGUAACAUGGAGUCGUCAAGAGAAGUCAUCUCCAUGGUCGUCGGCAAUGUAUCUCUUGUGCAGGUGCAAGCAAUAGUGGCAUCGACUGUGGUGUCGAUAUUCGCCAUAGUCGUGAACACAAUCACAGACAGACAGUUGAACGGGAACUACAUCUUGUUGAUCAUCGCCUCUGCUGUCUUUACUGCGACCACCACCUGUUUUGUCCUAGACUUCGUGAUGGUGAUGGUGAUCUACGGGUCCCACAAGUUCAAGGUGAACCCUGACAACGUGGCCACACCGCUAGCGGCCUCUAUCGGCGACAUCGUCAGCAACUCCGUCCUCGCAGUCACCGCCCAGUAUAUGUACGAGCAAAUACGACCACACAGCGCUGAUCGAUCAGAGGUGUCACUUUGGCAGCCAAUAACCCUCAUGUGUGUGUACUACAGCCUGCUACCUUUGUGGGUAUUCGUGGUCUACAGGAACAAGUACACCAAAAAGGUUCUCACCACUGGCUGGACUCCGGUCAUCUCGGCGCUCUUCAUUAGUGGAAUCGGUGGCAUCGUGCUGGAUCAGGCCGUCGACCAAUACCCAGGCUACGAGGUGUUCCAACCAAUCGUCAACGGCAUCGGAGGCAACCUGGUCUGCGUUCAGUCCUCGAGACUCGCCACACAUCUCCACCAGACUGCUAUCCCUGGAGUAUUGCCCGAGGACACUAGGAUCGUCGAGUGGCCCUGGAAGACUCUCUUCUUUGGAACCGCUGCAGCUAAAGUGGCCCGCAUGUUGUUGGUCCUCGCCGUAUUCGGUCAAAUCAUCUUCAUGAUCGUCGCAGAUUUCGUGUUCCAAGGCGUUGUCACCAUUCAGCCGGCGUUUGGAAUCACAUACGUAAUGUGUUCCUUGCUACAGGUUAUGGUCCUUCUGUACCUCGCAUAUAUGUUCAUCCACCUCAUGUGGAAGAAGAAGAAGGAUCCUGACAACGCAGCCAUUCCGUACCUCACUGCGCUCGGAGAUCUUCUUGGUUCCGUGUUCUUGGGCCUGGCCUUUGUUAUCCUCUCAAUUUUCGGCAUGCAGUAUGGCAGUAACACCCAGUGAUUGAUUUUAAAUUUAAAUGUUGAAAGCUUUAUCUAAAACGAUUCUUCGUGGAAGAAGAUAUCGUGUAGAAACUUAGGUUUGCACAAAUAAGGAAACAGAAGUUACCUAUAUAGACUUUGCCCAUGAGUAUUGCCAGAUUAUUGUGGUUUGUAAAUUUUGACAAGCAACAGUCAUUAUGACUUCAUACUCAAUAUUGUAUAACUUGAAAAUUAAAAUUUGGUUUGAAUAUAAUAAAAUGAAAUCGUCUUUGUAGUUUGCGUGAGUAUCGGAUGGUGCCAAUGUUUUAAUAAGUAUAUCUAGAUGACAUAACGAAAGUAUUAACUGCAGAUUAUUUUUGCAUUAUCUGUUGAUUUGUUUUUUUAAGAUGAAGUCUUAUGAAGAGCAUGUUUGGAUAUUUCUAAACAUUUCUUGCUCUCUUGGAAAAUUAUAUUAGAGUGGCCUACUCCACGUUGAGAGUGCCUAAAUCUGUGAUAACUACCCGAAAAUGUGAUUUAUUGCAAUUAACUAAUAUCGUUUUAAACUUUGACACCAUUUAAUUAGAGCAAGACAAUAAGUUGAAUGUUGGUGUGCACGAAUUAUUCAUAAGGCUUGCCGGAAUUCAGGCAAAAUCAAUAAACAUUCCACUUGGAAACCGUGUAUCCACCGAUUGUCUCUUAAAUUGUUCUAUAUCUUUUUAUAGUUCAUGAGAUUUGAAGGCAAGCAGUUGAAGAUUUAGCCUAAAUAUUCACGAUCAUGUUAUUUGUCGACGAUAUUGUAUUCUUCGUCUUUAUUUACAUCACUUUUCACAUUUUAAAUAUUUUUGUUUAUGCCUUGUACAUAUUGUGCUCAUUUAUUUCCUAAUGCUUAUUCAUAAUUUACGUAGACAAUAGAUGAUUACGUGGGAUGUUCUUAAAAUGCAACGCAAUAGUUACAGAAUGUUCUGUAAUAUAUUUUGUCUUUGUUAUAAUUUUGGCGAAAUUUGUUUUGAAAAAGUUAACUUUGUAACAUUUUGUAACCACUGUGCCCUUUACUAUUUUAAUUCUAUGACUGCCUAUGAGUAGAUAGCAUAUUGGUUCGGAAAUUGCUCCUAGCAAAGUAUAAAUAAAAUAUAUGUGUAAAUAUUAUUUGCCUUUAUAUUACUUGUAUAAACUGCAAUGAAAUUUACCAGUUAGAAAGUACUAAGUGAUAUAGAUUUGUUGCAAUCAUGCAUUGAUAUAAUUUAUGAAAUAUUCAUCAAGUGAGCAAAUUUUAUUUCUGUCUUAGAUGUCACAGAUGACAAGUCAAGAUAAUAGAUAAAUAAAUUUUGAACUGUCAAUUAAAUCUACACGUAGAAUCUGUCUAUGAAAAGUAGAAAAUAAAUGAGCGGACUGUCUCCUCACGAUUAGCAACACUCGUUAACACUGUUAACGUUUGCAACUCUUUAUAUACAGCGUAUAAAAUGUGGAUGUGUCUUGUCUGAAAUUGACGUUAUAAACAGUAUACGAGUAGUGACCGCUUGCUCAAAAUCAAUGUAUGCCUGAUUUUAUUAUAAUGAAUGAUUUGCAAAAGAAAUAUUGAUGAAUAUUUCAGAAAAAGUCCAAAUGCCACCUAGCCGUGUAGUUAUAGAUUAGAAAAUGAGUACAAUAAAGCAAUUAUGUAGUAAUAAGUUAAUUACGUGGCCUAAAUUAGAUUAUUUAUUAAAAAUAUGUUAAAAUAAUGGACUAGUAGGGUAAGUGAGUUUUAUGUGAAUUUUUAUCGUUUAUAUGAGUGAUUAUGUACGAUGAGAUCUCAAGAAUUAUGUACUUAUAUAAAUAUUAAAUAUCUGCGAGAAAAAACUGAAAGUA